AUGGCAGAUAAGUUUAGUAUUAAAACUACAUCAUCAUUCUUCCUAGUCCUGUGUUUAACUGUGACCCUGUUUUUUACUUUAUCAUGCUUUUCUGCUGAUCCCGACCCGCUCCAAGACAUUUGUGUGGCUGACUUGAACUCCAAAAUUCGUAUCAAUGGGUACCCUUGCAAGCCGGAGUCUCAAGUUACAUCAGAUGAUUUCUUCUAUAGUGGUUUGGUGAAUGGAGCAAGCACAGAUACUCCUGACGGGUUUGGAGUGAAACUUGGUGAUGUUAAAAAAUUCCCCGGGCUGAACACCCAAGGACUUUCCGUAAACCGAGUCGACAUCGCACCUGGUGGAAUGAUUCCAUUUCAUGUGCACCCUGGAGGAAGUGAAGCUAAUUUUAUCUUAAAAGGAGAAUGCCUUGUUGGGUUCAUAACUACUGGUAGCGUUUUGUACUCGAAGGUUCGUAAAGUUGGAGACUUGUCUAUUAUUCCAAGAGCACUUGUGCAUUUUGUAGUGAACGUUGGACGGAAGAAGGCUGUCGUGAUAGCUAUUUUCAACACUCAACUGCCCGGAAUUGCCGAACUUCCUAAACACCUCUUUGUUUCGAAGCCGACUAUUUCUAAUGAUAUUUUGGCUAAGAACUUUCGAGUUGAUGAGAAGGUCAUCGCUACCAUAAGAUCUGAGUUUGGUAACCAAACCGAAGUAGCUACAAUCUAG